AUGCAAUGGAUGAAGAGCCUUGGAUCCCGAAGAAAAUUUAAGGCAAAUAUUUCAUCAAGCUAUCACGCUAUCACGGCUGUCAUACCUUCAUGUAAACCUGGUUCGGAAAAAUGUCAAAAGCUUCAAGAAUUACCUCUAAAGAAUAUAAUUCCGAUAACUGGG